GUUUGAGGCGCAGUCUCAAACCUCAGAUCUUCUUACUUUCGCUUUCGCCUUAAAGUGAAAGUGAACUUCGGUCCGUGUGAGUUUGAGCGUCUGAGCUGAGUUUUCCCUCGAUGAAAGCGGUUCUUCAACAAUAACCUGCAGCAAUCUGAAAACAUCCGGCGCCGUCCGUGCUGAACGAACCCACCCCUCCAGACAUGGAAAGGUGCAAUGACAGUUCCCAGGGCGUCUCACAGCAGGAUGAACUCGCUGGAGGGAGCCACGGACAAAAACGCGACAGAGAUCACAACAGCAAAGACGGCUCAGAGCAGACCAGCUCCUCCUCCUCCUCCUCUGGAUCCUCCUGUGCUGGGGAUUUAGGAGGUGAACUGGGAGUGGAGGUGGAGCAGAGGGAGCAGGGAGCUUCGUCGUGUUCUCCGCCCAACGAUCCGAAGCAGCUUCCAGUGAGCGACACCAAGCUGGGUCGACUGACCUUCGACAGGAUGCACACCGUCCUCAUAGACGUUCAUGUUUUCAACACGGCAGCGGACAUUCAGCCCCAGUUAGGGACAGACAUGUGGCACAGUAACUUCGUGAAGAUGCCGUGUUCAGCAUCAAGCUUCAUGAUGAAGAGUAAAAAAAAGGUGCUGAGGUGGAAGGUGAUCUCCAAGCAGCUGAAAGGUUUGGCCAGUAAGAAAAAAGUGAGCGUGAGUGAUGUGGAGGAAGCAAUAAUGAAAUAUAACCCAAAGUAUAAAGAUAGGUGGAAGUUUGAUGCCCUCUCCGACUUCGUUACGUGUAUCCCCAAAGAAGAAAACUACUUCUCCACACUGCUUCCAAAGGUCGCCGAGCUGGCUCUGAACCUCCCUCAGCACGUGAAGAAGGCCAUCCCACUGCUGCAGAGUGGACACGCUGCCACCAUCACUCUGUCGCAGGUUCAGAUCUCCUGUCUGCUCGCUAACGCCUUUUUCUGCACUUUCCCUCAUCGCAACACGUCGGCGUCCAACGCCGAGUACCACAGCUACCCCUCCAUUAACUUCAGCAGUCUGUUUGGAGACUUUUCGGAGCGGAAGAAAGAAAAGCUGAGGGCCAUCAUGCAUUAUUUUAAUGUGGUUACAGAAACGAAACCAAAAGGGCUGGUGACGUUUGAGAGGCGUUGUGUGAGAGACUUUCCCUGCUGGACGAGCUGUGAGGAGACGCUGCCUAAACUGCACGUCACAUCCAAAGGCAGCAUCGAGAAUGAAGGUGAAGGGAUGUUACAGGUGGAUUUUGCUUCCAGCUGGAUUGGCGGAGGUGUGCUGGGCUCCGGUCUGGUGCAGGAGGAGAUCCUGUUCCUCAUUCAUCCAGAGCUGAUUGUUUCCCGCCUUUUCACUGAGAAACUCGCAGACAACGAGUGUCUGAUCAUUACAGGAUCUCAGAAGUUCAGCUCUUACUCCGGUUUCCGUGACAGCUUUGAGUGGGCGGGGCCUUAUGAAGACCUCCUGGAAAGGGAUGAGUGGGCUCGGCUGAAGAGGAAGAUCUUAGCCAUCGAUGCCCUGAACUUCAAACACGCCAGAGAGCAGUACUGUAUAGGCAAGAUCACACGGGAGCUGAACAAGGCGUUUUGUGGAUUUAAGGGACAUGGGGACAAUGACUCUGACAUCGCCACAGGCAAGUGGGGCUGUGGAGCUUUCAAUGGAGACCCACAGCUGAAAGCUCUGAUCCAGCUGAUGGCAGCAGCCAAGGCCAGGAGAGGACUGGCCUUCUUCACCUUCGGCGAUGAAAAGCUGAGCGACAGCCUGCAGAAGACGUACCCCCUGCUGGUCACUGAGGGGAUUACAGUUGGCAAACUGUACAGGCUCCUGGACGACUACUGUGCUGUUCAACACGCACAGGGCGUCUCACAUGUGGAUCUGUUCGAGUUCAUCAGAAACACUGUCAGACAUUCACGGAGUCAACUGUGAAGACACGUCCACGUCCACGUCUGCUUCUGGAUCUGCACCGAAACAGAACAGGAAAGUUUGUGUCACAGAAAUGAAGAAGGUCCUGGAUCAACUGUUUUUGUUUUUACAGAGAUUAUUAUCAUAAUUAUCAUUAUUAUUAUUUGCUUUUUUUUUUCAAACCCAGGGACGUUUGAGAUUUUGAGAACAGUUCUGAAAUAUAAAUUCACUGCUGCUCAUAAAGCUUCCUGCUGUGACUGAACUGUAAUGAUUGAAGUCAGCCAGCAGGAGCGUGUUAAUGUUUUUAUCAGCUUCUCUCUUCAGUUGUCUGAUCUGUUGUGAAUUGUGUUGAGAGAUUUUAGUAAGUGAAUAAAACUGAAACCAAAAAAAACCCUCC